UGCCCCCCUCGCAGCGGAAGAGGCGUGACCUAGUCUUCCACUCGCUAUGUCCGCCAACAACAUGUCGGAUCCACGGAGGCCCAACAAAGUGCUAAGGUACAAGCCCCCACCUAGCGAGUGUAACCCGGCUUUGGACGACCCCACGCCAGACUAUAUGAACCUGCUGGGCAUGAUCUUCAGCAUGUGCGGCCUUAUGCUUAAGCUGAAGUGGUGUGCUUGGGUCGCUGUCUACUGCUCCUUCAUCAGCUUUGCCAACUCCCGGAGCUCGGAGGACACCAAACAGAUGAUGAGUAGCUUCAUGCUGUCCAUUUCUGCUGUGGUGAUGUCCUACCUGCAGAAUCCUCAGCCCAUGACACCCCCCUGGUGAUGUCAGCCUAGAGGAGUCGCACCCUGGCCUCCCCGCUGUCCACCUUCUCCCUGGCCUAGCCUUUGGCUGCCUCCACCUCUUGCCCUCAGCUGAUGUUCUGGACUUCCCUGAGUGAGGUGGUCUCAGGGCCUCCAGCUGGGUGGAGGGAACCUGGCCUUUUCCCUACUGGGUCAUAGAGGGGAAAAUACGAGGCCUACCCUUCUUGCCUCCCGUAUCCGAUUGCUGCUGGGGGAGACACUGUCCAUGUUCCUAGGUGUAUUCACUUUUCUGUUGAAACCAGUUGAUAAUAAAGUUUUUCAC